AUGGAUCCUAGGAUUUCCUUCUCCAAUGACUUUGCAGACACUCAACAAGCCAUCAAGCAUGAAACCAGCUAUAGAGAAGCGCCCGUUUCUUCCGAUUUCGAAUUCUCAGUGAACAACUUUGGAAUGAUCUCGGCGGAUGAGAUCAUGUUCAAGGGCACAUUGUUGCCCUUGAAGGAUAAUGGUGCCAACCAGCUAGGGAAGACUACUACUUUGAGAGAUGAGCUGCUUGUUGAUGAUGAUUAUGGGGAUGUGUUGCCAAGGGCACCAAAGAGUUUAAGCAGGUGGAAGGAGCGUUUGGGCCUCAAGAGGACUCAAGUUGUUCCCAAAAAAGCUGACAGAAGUCAUUCUGUUCUGGAGAGGAUAGCUGAAGAGAGGAGGCCUGUGUUUGUUCAUGAGGCUGUGCUUAUUAGCAAGGAAAGCCAGGAUUUUCUAUUUGGAGGAGGGUUAAACAACAUCCCCAUCCUCUUCUUCAGAGAAGUAGAAGAUGAUGAUGAACAACAAGAAGAAGUUGAAGAGGUUCUAUGA